AUGACGACCUUGCUUAUUUUUUGUUUAACAACCCCUUGCAACUUAGAUCAUCAAUCCAAACAACAAUCGAUCAUUUAUGGUAGAUCCUGCCUUGAGAGAUGGCUAAAACAAAGUGGAAAGAAUGUUGGAAAGUGUCCUCAAUGUAGUAAGAAGUUUAGGCGAAAAGAAAUUGUUAAUCUUUAUGCACCAGUGAUUGCUGUACCUAAUGCUGAUCUAGAAAAGGUUGCAUCUGUUUCUACACUACAGGAUCUAUUUAUUCAUGAUAGAAAUGUAUUGCUCAAGGAGAUUAAUAAGCAAAAGAUUAGCUUGCUAAGUCAACAUUUAAGUAAAAUAGAGCUUCCUCCCAACAUUAGCGCUAUUAAGGAUCUUCGUAUCCUUUCAAAUGGACUUCCACUUCUUGCAUCAUUGGGCAAGAAAUUAUUACUUUACAGUAUGGCGAGUAACAACCUUGCACUUAAGUAUGACUUACCAGCUCCUGCUUGGUCAUGUUGUGGAGAUAAAAGCAAUUCACAUAAUGUGUAUGCUGGAUUGCAAAAUGGCAUGCUCUUGGUCUUUGAUAUCCGCCAGACCUCAGAACCUAUGCAAUUAAUAGAGGGCUUAACUAGCCACCCAGUCCAUUUUGUUGUUUCUGUUGUGCUAAAUGAUGGUAGCGGGAGGAUUUUCAGUGCUUCUUCUUCAAGUCCUUGUGUCUGGGAAGUCGGCUUCAACUCUCGAAGACCAUUUUUGAUACCAGAAAUGCAAAAUCGAGGUGUUUGUAUCUCGCUUGCCUGUUGCGGUUCAUCCGAUACUGCAGUAGCUACCUUUCGACCAAAAUUUGGACUGCUUGAUGAUAUCAUUUGGGUCGACUACUAA